CAAAUUGGCAACGACGCAAACAAAAUGCCUUGUGAUAUUUAGUUACAUCUCUCGUGUUCUGAGUUCAAAUUCUGCUGAGUCCACCUUUGCCUUUUAUCUUUCUGAUGUUGUCAAAAUAAAAUGCUGUGAGUUAGUGGAGGAAGAGGAGAGUUCUAAAAAGAUGACUGAAGGGUCGUCGCCAGUAUUGUCACCUACCAGUAGCCAAACUCAAGAGAAUAGUGUGGACGAUGUUGAACCAAACCCUUCGUGCGUAGAAAACAUCACCAAAAAUAUUGGUGCAACAGUCACAACUGUUGUUACUUCCAGUUCUGCAAUUAAGCAAGAGCCUGUUGAUUUUGACAACGACGAAAACUACCAAAUCUCAUUCCAAUCUCAUUAUGAUAGCUUUAAUUCUUCAGAUUUAAAUACAGGCCUGGUUCGGAACAGGCACAAACGUUGUAUAGUAGAUUCCAAGUUACCAUUGAUAAAACUGAGUCAGAUAAAGUCUGUGUAUGAUAAUAGGAACAGUGCAGGAUCCACUACAAUCAGGCAAAUGUUUGCUCUUAAGAAGCGACUCAAACAAGAACCAUUAAAUGGUGGCACAGACAACUGGUUGUCUCAAAAGACCAAAAGUAAGGACUUACAGGGGGAUUUUGCUGUUGAUAUGCAUAGACAAGCUGAUAACAGUAAUUCCCCAUCUUCAGAGGCUGAAUUUCCCAAGCCUGUUCAGACAGAACCUGUUGAUCUCUCAUUAAAUAAAAAAAAAUCUGCCAACUUCCAUGAUUCCCAUCAAGGUCUGGACUUACGCGUUAUCCGGAAAGCAGGAGAUCCUGAUGAUUAUUCAAAUGCCCCUUUAGGGAGUAUCAGCAAAACUAGUCCAGCAUUGUUACCUCUGCAGAGGAUUAAAGAAGCUUCAGAGCACUAUAACAAAUCCCUGGAUGGUGCAAUGUCACCUCCUGUUGUUACUACGACUUCCAAAACACAAUUCAUGUCUUCCAUGAGCUGUGAUACCUUCUCAGACAGCUCGAAAAAGAGAAGGGUCCAUAGAUGUGAUUUUGAAGGAUGCCACAAAGUUUAUACCAAAAGCUCGCAUUUAAAAGCUCAUCGAAGAACGCACACAGGGGAAAAACCAUAUGUGUGCAACUGGGAUGGUUGUACCUGGCGCUUUGCUCGAUCUGAUGAGCUGACACGCCACUUCAGGAAACACACUGGGGACAAACCUUUCAAAUGCCAAGUAUGUGAAAGGGCAUUUUCACGGUCAGACCAUCUGUCUCUGCAUAUGAAGAGACAUUAAUUAAAGAUGCAGCAGAAACGACUGUUUGUAGAGGAACUGCCUUCUAAGAUCAGAUGUAAUGUAAUAUACUUUUUACAAUGUGUGUGUGUGCGUAUAUAUUUAUAUAUACAUACAUACAAAAACAUAAAUAUAUAUUUAUAAAUAUAUAUAUAUAUAUGUAUGUAUAUAUAUAUAAACACAUACAUAUAUAUACAUGAUACAGAGAUGCGCACAUACAUGUGUGUUUGCAAGUGUAUAUAUGCAUGUUUGAAUAUAUAAACAUAUGUGCAUAUGCAGUGCAUUUUUAUGCACACACCAUGAAUUACAAUACAUGCACAUGCAUAUAUAUUGGACACAACAAACACAUACUCUUGCUGUCACCUGCGUGUUGCAUACACAAUUCCAAACCUGGAGGAAUCUAUCUAUUCACGGAAGGAUUACAUGUUAUAUUAGAAAUUUUACCAAUUUUACACAUUGAUACAAAUGGAAGAAGGAAUGGCGGGGAAAUGGGACGAAUUUUGGUCUCCUGUGUUUUUUUUUUUGUCUGUUUUGUUUUUCUCCUGUUUGGGUGGGUGGAGAAGGGGAACCAUAACUUCAUCCUUCUCAAAUUACUUUUCUGAUUCACUCCUAAAGAUUUUGCAUAAACUGGCAGUUUCAAAAGAGUGGAAUGGAGACUGAUUUUCAUCUACUUGCAGAAUGCUUUUAUUAUUAUUAUUAUUAUUAUUAUUAUUAUUAUUAUUAUCAUUAUUAUUGUCACCGUCAUCAUCAUCGUCAUCAUUGUCGUCAUCGUCAGUGAGGUGGAUCUGUUGGUUCAGCAGUAAUUUUUCCAGCAGAAAUGACAUCCACAACAAACCCGACUUCAAUUCCUUUUGUCUCUUAAGGGGAAACUAUCUUGAGGCACGGGUAGGGAGGAGAAAAAAAGGGAAAUCUUGAACAUCACAACAUCACAUUACUCUUUCUCCCAAUAAUUCCAUCAUAAGAAAUAGCAGUUAUUAUUAUUAUUAUUAUUGUUAUUUCCGCUAGGUCAACUUUACUUUUUAUCCUUUUGGGGUCAAUAAAUUAAGUACUAGCUGAGUGGUAGAAUCAACGUAAUCCCCCAAAUUUCAGGCCUUGUGCCUAUAGUAGAAAGGAUUAUUAUUAUUUCCACCAGGGUCGACUUUUGGCAGGACGGGACUAAUUGAUGGCAUUGACCCCUAAGUAGAAAGGAUUAUUAUUAUUUCCGCCGGAGUCGAUAAAAUAAGACCCAGUUUAACACUGGGGUCAAUGUAAUCGACUAGUUCCCCUCCCCCCGAAUUCUAGGCUUUGUGCCUAUAGUAGAAAAGAUAAUUAUUAUUAUCAUUAAGGCAGUGAGUUGGCAGUAUCGUUAAUGUGUUAGACAAAACACACAGCAGCAUUUCUUCGGCUUUGUCUUUACUUUUCAUCCUUUAGGAGUUGAUAAAAUAAAGUACCAGUGAAGUACUGGGGGUCAAUGUAAUCAACUUGAAGUUGCUGGCCUUGUGCUAAAAUCUGAAAUAAUGAUUAUUAUUAUUAUUAUCAUUAUCAUUGUAAGGCAGCAAGCUGGUAGACCUAUUAGGAUGCUGGACAGAGUGCUUAUUGGCAUUUGUUUUUACAUUCGGAGUUCAAAUUCCACCAAAGUCGACUUUGCCUUUCAUCUUUUUGGGUCGAUGAAAUGGAUACCAGUUGACCACUGAGUACAAUGCAAUCAACUAGCCCCAUCCUGCCAAAAUUUCAGGCCUUAUGCCAAUAGUAGAAAGAAUUAUUAUUAUUAUUAUUGUUACUAUUCUGAGUUCAAAUUCCACUGAGGUCAGCUUUGCCUUUCGUCCUUUCGAGGUCGAUAAAAUAAGUACCAGUUGAGUACUGGGGGGUCAAUCUAAUCGACUGACCCCCUCCUCCUCCUCCAAAUUUCAGGCCUUGUGCCUAUAGUAGAAAGGAUUGGCUGUUGUUAUUGACAGCAAAGGUACCUGCAAAAGAGCAAUAAAUGCUCGUGUUCCCACCCGGAAGAAUAUGUGUAUGCAAAAGAUUUCUCCCCAUUUAUUCCCAAGCUUCCCUCACACACACACACUUGUGAUUCUAACCCAAAGGCUUCAUGCCUAUUUAAGAAAUCAUCAUCUUUAUCUUCACUGUCAUCAUCAUCAUCAUCAUCAUUAUUAUUAUUAUUGAGAAAAUUAUAAUUAUUAUUAUUAUUACUGUUGUUGUUUCUUUUUCUAAGAAUAUGGCUGCCACUGCCCUUGCCAUUAUUACUAUUAUUAUUAUUAUCAUUAUUAUUAUUAUUAUUAUUACUACCCAGUGUUCCUUGUCUGCUCCACACUACAUUGUUUCAUUACGCCGUUUUGUAUAUUUUUGUCUCAAGUCUCCAAAAAAAAAAAAGCAAAAAAAAACAGCAGAAAAAAGAAACAAAGAAAGAAUUUUUAUUACUAUGAUUACUAUGGCACUGUCUUGCCUCAUAUAAUAUGGUUUCAAUAAUAAUUUUAUUGAAUAUCUUCUUUUUUUUUUUUGAUUUUUUUUUUUUAACGAAGGGUCGGGAUGGGGUUGAAUCUUCUGUUAAAUUAUUAUUAUUAUAAUUAUCAUUAUUAUUAUUAUUAUUAUUAUUAUUAUCAUCAUCAUUAUUAUUGUUGUUGUUGUUGAUGUAUGACUCCAGGAAGUUGAUAUAUUGAGGAGGUGGCGGGGUGGGGAGGAGCAAAAAAAGAAGAGCGACAACUAACUUAGAGAGAGACAGAGAGAUAGAGUGAGAGAGAGUGCAAUGUGAUACAAGCUUGCUCUGCUGAACACUUCCUUAUACCAACCAACUGUUUCUUCAUGUAUAUAUAUAUAUAUAUCUUUUUGUUUCUUGGUUUAUUAUUAUUAUCAUCAUCAUUAUUAUUAUUGUUGUUGUUGUUGUUGCUUAGAUAAUGACAUCACUGGUUUGGCACAACUUUACAUUUUGCGUUAACACAAACUUUGCAUUAACGAAUUAGAGUUGUGUAUACAUGUGUGUUUUAGCUUUCAUUGCUACCACUCAGUUUGAGCAAUGUUAAAUCUCAACCCAUCUCUAUUGGACAUGCAUACAUACAUAUGUGUAGACACACUAAUACACGCUUCUAUAUAUGCAUAUAUAUAUAUAUAUGACUGCAAUGAUGAAAUGUAUGUAGGAACACAAUACUUAUAUUGGUAUUUAUCUUAAUUUCCACUUUGGAUAUACAUGUGUAUAUGCACUUAUAAAUAUAUACAUUACAUGUAUACAUACACACACACACACACACACACACACACGCACACACACACACAAGCAGGAGCACUCAUAGAAAUAUACAAUAAACAUAUGUAUAAAAUGUGUGUGAGUAUAUAUAUGUGUGUGUGUGUAUAUAUGUGUGUGUGUGUGUGUAUAUAUGUGUGUGUGUGUAUGGUAGUUGUCUGAGAAGUCAUGGACAGAAAGUCAGAAAUGCUAUUGACAACAAAGAAGAGCAAGGAGACAGCAAUCACACCAUAUAUAUAUCUGUGUGUGUGUGUAUAUAUAUAUAUAUAUAUAUAUAUCGUCAAUUGAAAUAAACGAAUAAUAAAAUUGACAUCAAAAGGACAUGCACAAGAAGUGUAUGUGCUUGACGCAUGGUGAAAAGAGAGAGCUUGAUGUUUCGAGCAUAGCUCUGCAUCGGAAAGAAGGAAGAGGAAAGUCCAAAGAAGGAAAAGAAAUCACCAACAGCACAUCCAUAGUUACAUUGCUAUAUAUCUUUUUGCUCUUCUACUUCUUUCAAUGACCAGACUGUAGCCAUCAGUUAUUUUUGCCGAACUGCUAUUUUGCAGGGACAUAAACGUACCAACACUGGUUAUCACGUGGUGGAGGGGGACAAACAGACACAAAGUCACACAUACAGAUAUAUAUGCAUAUAUAUAUAUAUAUAUACACAUGAUGAUGGCCAUCCACUCGUGACCGAGGAAGACCAUUGCCGACAAAUGAGAUUUUUAGUAUAUAUAUACAUACAUACAUACACACACUCGCUCACACACACACACACUCACAACAGGCUUUUUUAGAAUUUCUGACUACCAGAUUCACUCUGGUUUUGGUCAGCCCAAAGUGCCGUGCAAUGGGACUGAACCCAAAAUCAUGUAGUUGGGAAGAAAACGUCUUAUGACACAGCCAUGUAUUAUAUACACCCACAUACUGACUGCCAAUAAGGAAUUUUUGUACAGAUUCCUUUCUCAUUAUUUUCAUCUUUGUAACAAUAAUAAUAAUAAUGAUAAUAAUUUCCUUCCUUUUUUAUUAUUCUUUUCUGUGUAUACAUUCAUCCACCACUAUAUUUGGCCUAUUUUCAAGUUCUUGUUUGAGUGAUUAUUUUGUUUUCUUCACUCUUGUGUGUGUGUGUCUGUGUAUUCAUACAUUUAUACUUCUAUAUGUAGACGCAUACUUACACACACACAUGCUCACACGAACUAGGGUUUAGAAUGCUCUGUGUAUGUCCAAGUGUGUGCAUGUGUAUGUGUUUGAGUAUAUAUAUAUAUAUAUAUAUAUAUCAAACACACACACAGAUAGAUACACUUUCUGUCAAUGUAUAUAUAUAUAUAUAUAUAUAUAUAUAUAUAUAUAUAUAUAUAUAUAUAUAUAUAUAUAUAUAUAUAUAUAUAUAUAUAUAUAUGUGUGUGUGUGUGUGUGUGUAUAAAUAUGUGUGGGUGUGCACUGCUUAUGAAGAAUUACACAAAUUUUUCUACUUGUUUUUAACUAAAAUAAACUAAGUCAAAUUUGUGUUCUUCUAAAUUCUGUUGCUCUACAUUUCAGAGUUUGUAUGUUGAUAUAUAUAUGUAUGUGUGUGUGUGUGUGUACAUCCACACAUACAUACAUGCCCAUAUUCAUAAACAUGUAUGUAUUUAUCCACAUUUACACCGAAAGGAAUAUACAGUUUUAUACACAGUGAAUAAAUAUGCUUGUAUAUAUACAUGUAUAUAUUUAUAAGUGUGUGUUUUUAUGUAUGUAUAUAGAUAUAUAUAUACACACAGGCACUCAUCCACACACAAAUGCUCACUCACUUCAUGUUUAUGUGUGUAUACACACUCAAAAUUAUUUUUAAAUCUAACAAAUGUUGACAAUCAUUGCAAUCCUAAUUCAGCAGUUGGAGUGCUUUUGGGGGGGGAUUUUUUUUUUUUGUUUUUUUUUGUAGCGUUGUUAUUGUAUGGCAGUGUAGAUGUCUCUUUGAUCUCUGUUGUCGUUGGUUACCAGAUGGGAAAACAAGGUAUGUAGUGUAUGCCUAUGACCCUUGACCCUUUCAUUUAAUUCUGGGUUGGGGAGUAGGAGAACAUAACGACAUUGACUCUUCUGCAGAAGUAUGAAUCUACAUUGGUUUUAUUGUUCACUGAUAACACACACGUAUGAAUUCCGCAUGUUCGUAUGGAUGUGGAUGUGGGUGUGUGUGCACAUAGUUAUGUCAUAUGCGUGCACAACUGUCUGCAUGCAUGUAUACGUGUGCAUGUGAAUUUUUACAAUUUCCGAGAAAAUUAAUUUUAAAAGAAAGAAGAAAGAAAUAAUUUUAAAAAAUGCUGGUCAAGAAUGAUUUUUUUAUGUGCCUUCAUGUAUAUACAUAUAUACAUACUAUUUUUUAAUAGUACUAUUUCUACUACUGCUAUUAUUAUUAUUAUUAUUAUUAUGAUUAUUAUUUAUUUAUUUAUUAAUAUUUGUAAACUGACAAUAAAAAUAUUCAACUAAGAAAUUUUUGCUUGAAUGCUGUAUAGACACACACAGACACACAUGUACUGUUUAUAUAUUUUGUAUACUAUGGCUAUUUUAUAUGCACAUAUACAUACAUAUAUAAUUUAUUCAUGUGUAUGUGUACAUGUAUGUAUAUAUGUGUAUGUGUGUGUAUGUAUACAUAUAAUGUCAUAAACUGAAGCAUCAUGAGAUACAUACAGAAAUAUGUGUACAUGUUGACAAAAACAUGAAAUUUAAUUAGAAUUUUUAGUCAGAAUUACUAUGAUAUAAACACUAACUAAUGCAUCUUGCUUUACUAUGCUUUGUCAUCCUGCACAAUCUGUUGUUUGAAUCCACCAUUUCCUGUCACUCCUUUCAUUUGCUUUAAAUUAACUGCAAAGUCUAUUCUCUUGGGAGACAACAGAGUACAACCAUCCAAAGCGUGUGUAUGUUUGAAAGUGUUUGCGUGUGUGGGACAACAUCACAAUAACUGAUUAUCUCUCGCUCUGAAGCCUCGCUCAUAUAUCUGAAUGGAAUGGUCAAAAAGAUAGAAAUAAUGGCCAGUCUCAUUUAUAGAAGCCAGAAAGAGAAUGAUGUCUUUCAAACAUAGAAUUUGUCUACAUAAUCCCGUGAAAAAUAUAAACGGGUAAAUUGUUUCUCCUCCAAAGUUAAGCUUAAAAGUUGUGUGAUUUUUUUUUUUUCUGUAUGUAUGUAUAUAUAUAUAUAUAUGUAUGUAUAUAUAUAUAAACAAACAGGUAUAAUAUGCUUAACUUUUGAAGUUUCUGAGAUGUGGGUUUUUCCCCCCUUCUUUUUUUAUUAAAUCAAUCAAUUUGUAAAUUGAAAUGUGUGAGGAUCUGGAACAAGUGGUAAAUUUUUUUUUAAAUCCACAGUGACAUAAUGUGUGUAUAUAAGUGUAUGUGUGUGUGUAUGUAUAUAUAUGUGUGUGUGUAUAUAUAUAUAUAUAUAUAUGUGUGUGUAUAUAUAUAUGUAUAUAUAUAU